CGGGGUUGUCCUGGACUGGCGGCGGCCGAAUGGAGACCGAGACUGAGGACGGGCGAUCGACCCGCCGCCCGACGCUCGCCUCCUCCUGGGAUGCCACAUGCGGGGCCCUGCACCGGAGCCUCCUUGUCACCGGAGCUGGUCUCGGCGCCCGGGACUUGGACUGGGAUGAGCUGCUGGCGCCGGCUGCCCCAGGGCAGGAUGUGGUGAUUUUGCAGAGGAGCCUGAACAGCCAAGAGGAAAGCCCCUGCUUCCUUUACCUGCGAGGUGACCCUGAGGGAGGUGAAGAAAUCGUGUGUGUUGGCAUUUUAAGUUCGGCGAGAAAUAUGGAAGUGUACUUAGGGGAGGAGUACUGCGGCACCAGUCGGGGCAAGGCUGUUUGUAGUGUUCGGGAGAACAGUGAACCUAUUUUCUACAAAAAGUAUUUAAAAUUGGAGUCUUCCACUCUUGCUUGUAAAAUCAAGUUGCUCUCCUUUGGUGAAAAGCAGCGUGUGUUCAUCAGUAAGGUUGUGGUACAUGUGAGACCAGCUUCAGCAAAUUCUUCGACGCGCUCUCCAGCUGUGGGAGCAGCGAUAGACCUCGAGAGGGUCCAAACCAUCAUGGAGUCCAUGGGGUCCAAGCUGUCACCGGGUGCUCAGCAACUGAUGAGUAUGGUUAGAUUUCAGCAGCAGAACUGCCGUUCCAUUGGAGAGCAGCUCCAGUCGGUCUUGGGCAAGACUGCGUGCAAAUGGGUGAUGGGCCUGCAGUCGCCGUCCGCGUCCGGCGCCCCGGACAGCCCGUCCCCCGCACCUUUCCCGCUCGGGGCUGGCUUGACCUCUGGAAACGCGCCUGAAGACCCAAAAGCGCACGCUGACAGAAGCGCCCAGCCCCCCGGUGGCGGAAACGUUUCAAACCCCCAGGCGGGUCACAUUGUGCCACAGAACCGUUGCUUUCCUGAGACUGAUCUUAAGAACGCGGUAUGUUCUUUCUUGCCAAAGAAAGCAAGUGACCGCUCCGCUCUACCUCCCUCAGAGCUGCUGCCUUUUCUCCAGAACUUGUGCGGUCAGGUUAACGGUCUCCGUGUGGGCCAUCCCGCCGAGGGGCCGGGCGGCGUCUCCAAGCCCAGUGACGGCGUCGCCGGGGCUGCGAUGGGUGAGCAACCUGUUUGCUCCUAUUUAGAAAAGAUUCUUUCUAAAAAUAUGGAACUGAUGGAAAAGAAACUUAUGGACUACAUUGACCAGAGAAUCUAUAAACUCCAGGAGCACAUAGACAAUAAGAUCGCUUUGUUGGUGGACUUGCUGCAAAACCCCAGCUCCCCGCCCCUGGGGAUGCCUCUGAGACAGUGUGACUCUGCAGAAAGACUUUCAAACGGAGAAAGAUAAGUGCUCACAGGCACCGCACACUACGGAUAUUUAUUACAUAUUUAUUACAGAGCCCAGACCCAAAAAGGUCAGAGCAAGCAUUUAAUGUCAUUUGAGAAUUGUCAUCUUACUUAUACAAGUGACCUCAAUGUUCAUUUCAACUGUACUUGUUACUGUAAAUCUAGUUCUGUGCACUAUGAGUGGACGUGAUUGGGUCAUAAGUUAUUUUUUUUUUUUGCAAUACUGUUCACUCUUACAGAACUUUAUGUGUACUUCUGUGAUGUUGAAGUGUUUAAAAUUUU